AUUUCUCAGUGUGAACGCACUUAUACACUCAAAAUGCUAAUGGUGAAUGUGCCUUUGGACCCCAGACGGGGGGGGCGUGUCCGUCACUAGUGAGGCAUAAAGCCAGUUUGUUUUGGAUGAGGGACCGUCAGGGGAGAGAGUUAGCCCCCAGAACCCACGAGCAACCGGACAGAACCAAGAUGUACUCCCGCCUCUCUCCUGAAACCCAUUGGGUCCCGCUGCUCGUCCUCAUGCCCCUCUUCCUCCUUACAGCGCAAGCUGCAAAAUGCCCGCAACAGUGUGUAUGCGACCAGAUCCGGCUCACUGUGACUUGCAUCAACAAGAACCUGACCCAAGUUCCUCCCACAGUGGACGAGAUUACGGUCAAGUUGGAUCUUCGAGGCAACGACAUCCAGGAACUCCCCACUGGAGCUUUCAAACAUACCCCUUACCUGACUUACCUGUCGCUGCAACGCUGCAACAUCCGCAGGGUGAAGGAGGGCGCCUUUCGAGGUCUCGGCCGCCUGGUUUUCCUCAACCUUGCAAACAACGACAUCGACAUUCUCUACCAGGAGUCCUUUGAUGGCCUGUCCUCGCUGAAGCAGCUCAUGAUCGAGCGGAACCGCGUCGAGGAGAUCCAACCUGGAGCUUUCUCUCAGCUCGGCUUCCUCAACCUGCUCUCGCUUUCACACAACCAGCUUGUCUACAUCCCCAACAUGGCCUUCCAGGGCCUGCAGAACAUCAAGUGGCUACGACUAAGUCACAACUCUCUCAAUUAUUUGGACAUUGAGGCCUUUGCAGGUUUGUUCACACUCAACCGUCUCAGUCUGGACCACAAUGAACUGCAGUUUUUCCCCACGGAGACCAUGACCAGAUUACCUGAAGUGACCCGUCUGGAUCUGAGCUACAACCCAAUGACUUACUUGGGUGAGGAGUCGGUGUCCAUGGCCAAGCUAACGCACCUUUUCCUGGACCACAUGUCCCUGCAGGACCUGUCCAACACCGCUGUAUCCAAGUCCCCCAGCCUCACUCACUUGGACCUCAGCCACAACCAGCUACGCGUCAUCCAACCCUUCACUGAAGGCAACCCUAAACUGGCACGGAUCCAACUGUCUGGGAAUCCCGUCUACUGCAACUGCUACUUGCGACCGCUCAGGGAGUGGGCCAUCGGCCGCAAGGUGAAGUUGAUCGGAACAUGUGCAGGACCCUCACAUCUCUCUGGAGAGAACCUGGAGGCUGUCCACCCUCCGGAGCUACGGUGUCAGAGCCAGGAGGCCAUGCUGAAGGCGGAGUUUGAGGAGGCAAGUAGGCGGGCUCCACCACCCACAGAAAAGCCAGAGAGCAAGGUCAAGUGUCCUGCUAACUGCGUCUGUGAAGCGGAGACUCAUCAUGCGUCCUGUGAGAACCGUGGUCACACCAAAGUUCCCCGUGGUUUCUCUCCCCACACGCGCCUCCUUGACCUGCGUGGCAACAAUUUCCACUACAUCCCAAGCAACAGCUUCCCUGGCGUCGCCCAGGUCGUGUCCCUGCACCUGCAGCGUUGUAAGAUCGUGGAUGUUGAGGAUGGAGCUUUCAGCGGCAUGAAGGGCCUCAUCUACUUGUACCUCUCUGAGAAUGACAUCUCAUCCCUCAGCCCCGAAGCCUUUAAAGGCCUCCCUCAGCUCACUUACCUCCACUUGGAGAAGAAUCGCUUCACCAGCUUCCCUAAAGGAGCCUUCAAACUGCUUCCGGGGCUACUCACGCUCCAUUUGGAGAACAAUUCCAUCGCCAAGCUGGAGGAAAACAUCCUGGGCGGCGCAGAGAGCCUCAGAUCGCUGUACCUCAGUGGAAACACGAUUGACCAUGUGUCUCCUAAGGCUCUGGAGCAGGCCAGUCAUCUGGAUACACUCCACCUGGCAGGGAACAAACUGAAGGAGGUGCCCACUGGAGCCCUGAGCAAGGCGGGGAACCUGAAAGACCUGAGGCUGUCACGGAACGCCAUUCGAUGGGUGGGACCAAAUGCUUUCCAACCUUUAGCGAGAUCGUUGAGGGAGCUUUAUUUGGAUAAUAUGGGGCUGGAGAAGAUGUCGCAGAGCUCCCUGGCAGGCUUAGCUUUGAGGAGUCUCUUCCUGGAGGGCAACCAGCUGGAGGAGGUGCCUGACCUCCACCCGCUCACCUCUUUGGAGGUCAUCAACCUGGCGGACAACCCCCUGAUGUGUGACUGUCCUCUGCUGCCACUUCGUCUCUGGAUUGAGAAAGUGAACCUGAAGGUACGAGCUACCUGUGCCAACCCACCUGAGCUGAGGGGUCGCAGAGUCAAAGACGUCCAUGUCUUCAAGGCCUGUCCAGGAGGUGAAGGCCUCCCUUCUGCUCCCAGUGUUGUUCUGAAGCGUGCCAAGACGCCCAAAUCCACCAAACCUAAGCCGACGCACCUCAGCCCCUUCAAGCAGGGCAUGAUGCCCAAACCCAAAUCCAAAAUUCGCAAGAACCCAAAGGUUAAAGCUGCAAAGAAAAGCAAGCAACGCAGCAUGGCGUGAGCCUGCUGUGUGCUAAUGUAGUUUCAUUCUGAAAUGAUCAUGUUUGCAGUAUUUUCUCAGUGCUCUUUAAUCAGAACAGGUAACCAACUGGUAACCACUUGACAAAAGUUAGGCAUGUUUUUUUUUGUUUUUUUGCAAAGCUUAAGUACAAAAAUGUGUUUAAAAAUAAGAUGUUAAAAUGUCAUCAUGCAUACACUGGAUUGUAUUGACACCGAUCAUGAUGACUGAUUUAAAAAGCAACCACAGCUGCACUAAAAGACAAAAUGAGGUAGUUUUACUGUUUUCUACAACAAUACAGGAUAAAAUGUGCAUCGCUUUUUUUUUUUUUUUUUUAAAACACACCAGUCAAGACAGUUCACCUUUUCUUCAGUUCUCAUCAUUUUAGAACCAUUUUUCUCAUGUCUUCCGUGCCACCUCAUUGUAUACCGGAGCUUGACUGGAGAUUGGGGUCUCCAUCUCCACCUCCUCCACUUUUACUUCCACUGCACUGACUGAAGAGAAAAGAAAGUGAAGUCAACAUACAUGUGCUGUGCGGCAUAACAUCCUGAGACCCGGCAAUGUAUUUUUUCUCCACAACCUUAUUUCAAGUGGAAAACACUCAACAACAGGGUCCAUUUGCAGCCCACAAAGAAUUGCUAAACCUAACAGCAAAAAUGGGGAAUAAAGAGCAAAAAGGCAUCACGUAAGGAGAAAAAAAUGUUGAUACUGAUAACAGAAAGCUAACACACAGGCUAUUUUUUCGGCUCUAUGUAACACCUUUUACUUUACAAAAUAAAAGUAUCAAAAUGGCCGCCCUCCCCUUUGAAUUUUCAGAAUGAAGCCCUUGCUGAAAAGUGUUUAUCCACCCCUGCUCUACAUGUUCAGUUGAAUUUGUUUUUUUUCAAGAAUACAAUGUUAAAAAUAAGCAUCACAUGACUGUACAUCGCUGUACAUGUAUUCAUGAAAGAGCAUGACAAUUCUUGUGAAUUUAGUGGACAAUGAAGAGACACCGUUACUUUGUAACAAGAUUGUCGGCUAAUGAGAGAAGACCGGAGAGACCACCGGUAUGUACCAACUAUUGCUGAUCCUCAGUUACAACUGUGUUUAGUCUUGAGUAGUAAUUUGAUGCUAUUCCUCGUUGGUUCAAAGUCAUCAACCCUAACCUGACAAGCUCCUGUAAAUAGUUGAAGUGUGAAAUAAAACUCAAGAAAACCUAU